AACUUAACCGGGGUGAAAUAUUUGCAAAAAAGAGUGAUCGCGAAAUUAUGGUACUAAAAUGGAGAGACCGUAGAGAUGUUCUUAUGAUAAGUACAAAACAUUCAAACACGAUGGAAGAAGUCAUGGCUAAAAGAGGAAUUAAAAUAAAACCAAAAGUUGUUAUCGACUAUAACCGUGGUAAGGGAUACAUCGAUUUAACUGAUCAAAUGGGAUCUUAUAGUAGCUGUCUAAGAAGAGGUGUGAAGUGGUACCGUAAAGUUGCUAUGGAUAUUAUUUGCAACACAUCAUUAUUGAAUGCGUUUAGUAUUUAUAAAGGAGUCACUGGAAAUUCUAAGACAAUUACCCAGUUCAAAGACGACAUUAUUAUUGGAUUAAUUCAGCAAUCAAACAGUGUUCCAGAAGUUCCAGAAGUUCCAGAAUUAUAUGAUGAACAUAAGUUGGUAAACAAUAAAAAAAGAGGUCGAUGUAAUCAAUGCUACAAAUACAUUUCUCGAACAGAAGGAACGCAGAUGGCAAGAAAGAAAACCUCUCGCGUAUCAACGAUUUGUCCUAAAUGUGAUUCCUAUUUUUGUUUGGAUUGUUUUUUUCGAAUUCAUGCAUACAAAAAAAAAUAAAAAUAAAAUGUUAC